AUGCUGAUGACUGUGUUACGCAAGGUCAUACCAAAAGAGGUGACUUUAGACUACAAUCACAAGUACGCGGGAGGUACCCCCGAAGGCAAAGAAGAAAUUGAGAAUUUUCUAGAUUUUCUCAAAGUCAAAGUGGAAAGUCGAGAGAAGGACAUGUCGUCAGUCGACAAGCGCAUGGAAGGCGGACGCCAUAGCACGGAACGAAGGGACACAAGGCGACCCUUCGAGCGGCAAACGACCGGAGCCUUGGCGACUGGAGUGACAGUUCGACAGACAGACUGUGUUUUAUGCAAAGCAACUGACCAUACUCUAGAAAACUGCAACGGCAACCUCGCGGUUGAAGACAAGAAAGCUUUACUUUCGCGAGAAGGUCGCUGCUUCAAGUGCGGAAAGCGGUAUCACCGAUCAAGAGACUGCAGAACCGCUCCUCGUCUAAAAUGCUCACACUGCGGUGGGCAUCAUCUCACGGUACUAUGUGAACAGCCCUUGAAGAAACAAGGCAAUGAAGAACCCAGGAAUUCUCGUUUGGGUGUGUUGUCAUCUACCAUGUCUGAGUCCGAAAUCAACAGAGACAGCGGCACGAUCCUUCUACUGACAGCUCGGGUAUGGGCAGAAACUAACGCAAAGCGACAGUUUGUGAGGAUAAUGCUUGACGGAGGAAGUCAAAGGACAUUUAUUAAGGAGUCCCUUUCACAUCUGCUUGACUGCGAAUCAGUAGGGGAGGAGGUGUUGACGAUAUGCGCCUUCGGUUGUAGGCCGUUGAAAAGAAGGUGUCGUCGUGUUAAAGUUUGGCUUCGCAGCCAAUAUUCCCGCAAAGAAGUGUGUGUUGAAGCUCUGGAAACACCUGAUAUUUCAGCUAAUGUGCUACACCCACCUGAUUGUAAUCUAACACGAACUCUAACCGAGAGAGGCAUGCAGGUGGCCGACGUUGUACUUACGGGCAUAACCUGUAAUAACGAGGUCCAGAUCCUCAUUGGUGCAGAUUCCUACUGGGCAGUAGUGACAGGCGAGACGGAACCAAUCACAGACAAGCUCUUCGCUAUUAAAACUAUAUUCGGCUGGACAGUUCAAGGCCCUACUUCCUCAUCGCCGUCUGACAACUUGGACACCAAUGUAGGUGUGCUUAGAGUAUCAGCGGAAAGCUUUGAGGACGAAACUUCUUCCCAGCUGCGAAGAUUUUGGGAACUUGAACACAUUGGGAUUCAGCACAACGAAACCGAAUGCAAAGAAGAUCAUACUAAUAAAGUGAUGGAUCAUCUUACUAAAACAAUUACGAGGAAAGACGGAAGGUAUGAAGUUUCCCUACCUUGGACCACGAAAAAAGACGAGUUACCUUCAAAUCUAGAAGUAGCAAAGACAAGACUCCGAUCGCUAACGAAACGCCUCAUGAGAGAUAGUGGGGUAAUUGAAGAGUACGAUGCUGCUAUUCGCCUCUACGAACAAAACAGACAUGCGGAAAAGAUACCAGCGGACGACAACUCGGCUAACACUCAGUACUACCUUCCUCAUCGAGCUGUGAUUCGACGUGAGCGGGACACCACAAAAAUAAGGAUUGUAUUUGAUGCUUCUUCUAGUGUCGCUAGCGAACCUUCUCUCAACGAUGUUCUUCAUGCUGGACCAAAUCUUAAUCCGGAGGUCCUUCACGUUCUGCUCCGCUUUCGCAGGAACACAGCUGCACUGAUCGCUGAUAUUGAGAAAGCCUUCCUACAGAUUUCAUUAGCAAAAGCUGACCGCGAUGCUUUAAGAUUCCUGUGGUACACGACAACACCGAGAGUGGGACAACCAUUACCUGACGUUGAAGUUCUGCGUAUGACACGGGUUCCAUUCGGCGCUACUUCAAGCCCUUUUCUUUUAGCUGGAACUGUGCGACACCAUCUACAAACAUCGUCCGAAAAGUACCCGAAGACUUGCGAACUCCUUUUAGAGAGUUUCUACGUAGAUGACCUGGUAACCAGCGUCGACACAGUUGAAGAAGCACAACAGCUUUGGAAGGAGUCAGUCAUCAUUUUUGAAGAUUGCUGCAUGAGAUUACGAAAAUGGGCAACCAAUGAUGAACAGCUGUGUGCAACUCUGUGGCACUACGAAGACGAAAGGUUGUUCUCACAUCACGAGAGGAAGGUGUUAGGUCUGGUUUGGGACGCGGAAAGUGAUACGUUACGAGUUGCGCUAAAUUCCGUGAUGGACUUUCUGCUGACAGCUUACGUUACCAAGCGUAGCCUGCUUCAAACGGUAGCGCGAAUAUUUGAUCCUCUUGGGAUUCUCGCACCAUUCGUUAUAAAAGCCAAGAUCUUGUUCCAACGUGUCUGGCAAAAGGAACUAAGAUGGGACGAGAGUCUCCCGCACGACAUUCUGGAAGACUGGCAAAAAUGGUGUCAUGAACUCCCAAAAGCCGAUGAAAUAUGGAUUCCAAGGAGCAUUAAAAGUAUGGCGCAAGUACUCAGCCAAUCCGUACACGUAUUCUGCGACGCCAGUUUACAGGCAUACGGAGCGGUCGCCGACAUCAGGAGCCAAUAUGCCGACGGAUCAUGCACCGUUCAACUUUUGUUGUCGAAAACCAGAGUUGCUCCUUUGAAAAGCAUCACAUUACCACGUCUGGAACUGCUCGGAGCUCUGCUAGGGACUCGCCUUUGCAACUAUGUCAACCAGAGCUUCAGCGACAUUGUUAAGGCCACACUCUGGACUGAUUCUAUGAUUGUACUUUACUGGGUACAGGGUCAAGCACAACGCUACAAGCCUUUUGUGGCCAACAGAAUCUCUGAAAUACAAAGUCACAGGAAUCUUUCAGAUUGGCGACACUGUCCUGGAAAAGAAAAUCCAGCAGAUCUUCUUACACGUGGCGUAAACGUUGAAUACUUGAAGGCAAGAAGUGUCUGGUGGGAAGGACCGCCAUGGCUGAAGGAAACAGAAGCGAGCUGGCCGAAGCUGGUUGACGUGCGCGGAAUGCUAGGACAAAAAUUCCGUGACGAAGAAGUCAAGACAACAAACGUCAUGCUCCUGCCAUCUCAUCAAUUGAAGCCAAUUCUAAAUUUGAACGACUAUUGUUCGCUGGAUAAAAUCAUCAGGGUAACGUCAUGGAUGUACAGGUUUAUACAGAAUGCGAGACAAAGAUAG